AUGCUCCCCACCGUGCCGCCUCUUCCUCCCCUUCACUGUUCUCUCCAGCGGCGGCAAAGAUCUGGCGGCAAAGGGAGACGACGAGGGCGCUCGAUCCGAUCUGCUGAAGACAAGGAAGGAGAGGAGGGAGAAAGAGAGAGGAAAGAGGAGAGGGAGGUGUGGUGGCGGAUGAGAGAGGGUCACCGGAAGGAGCGUGACGACCUGCAGGCAAAGGGCGGCGGCGGCGGCGCUCGAUUUGAUCUGCGGGAGAGAGAAGAUGAGAGGGGGAGGGAGAGGGAGAGAGAGAAGGAAGGAGGGGAGAGGAGAGAGAAAGAGAGAGGAGAAAGGAGAGGAGGGGGGCGACGGCGGUCGGGAGAGGAUCACCGGAAGGAGUGCCGCCGGCUCAUCGUCUUUCAUACCUACCCAUGCAGCUGCCGACUGCAGGGGUGUUGCAAGGAGUUAGAGGUCGUGCGCUGGCCGGAGCAGCAGGAGCAAGGAUAUGGCCGCCUCUCUUCUCUGCCACGGUUCCCUCCUCUUCCUUCAGCUCUCGAGAUGUCGACCUGCAGGUUAAGGCAAACCAUUGUUUGA